AUGGCUUCCUCAACACUCAAGCGCAAGUCCUCCGAGAUGGACGACGCGUAUCCCAACGAUGGAAUGCAAACACCCACAAGCAGCCCUUCAAGAAAGAAGAUGCGGCUUACCCGCAAACAAAAGCAAGCUCUCAUCGAUAACCUGCAACUUGAGAUCACCGAACGAGCCCGCAAACUUCGCGCCCAGUACGCACUCCAAACCCACGAUCUUCGAGCACGAAUUGAACGACGCGUGAACCGAAUCCCGGUGGCCCUGCGCAAGGCGAAAAUGGGCGAUUUAUUGGAGAAACACAAUGCCUCGCUCCGCGCACACCACUCGCCGAGGAAAGUGACGAGCCCAGUCAAGAGAAAUGUCACCAACACGACCACUGGAGCAAAUGCUCGACGAGUCAGGAAACUUAGUCCUGAAGGCCCGUAUUUCGACAAGGAAAACGCACCUGCAGGAGAGACGCUUGAAGUGCUGAACAACCCCAAGAAACGUGGCAAGCCCGCUGCCGCUGGCGGUCCUUCACGCGUGGUCUCGCAGGAGGUCAGGGGCGCCGAUUACAGAAUCUUGUCUCCGAAAUCCUUGAACUCCAGAACCUACCCCCAGUCUCCAUUCCGCGCCUCUCCCGAGAAACCACAACAACCCAGCUAUCUCUCAAAGCCCAUGUCACCCCUGAAACGAUCCAGCCCGCUCAGAGCCACCACGGCUAGCUCAUCCGGAGCAAACGGCGCAACCACGAAAGAUGGCAGACUCACCUCGCAGACAGCGCGACCAGGAACCAAAGGCCUUCGUUCCCCGCUACCCCGACCAGCAACUCGCCAGCGUGAACGAAGGAACAGCAACUCUUCCAACGCGUCGUCCGGGACAGCGAUCGUCAAACCAACCAAAACUGGCUCCGGUGCCCGUAAGGCCACAAAUACAUCCUCAACCUCCACCACUGCCGCAGCCAAGAAGACGGCAGCAGUACGGAACCAAGUACCUUCAUCCACUACCAAGAAGACUACCACCGCCACUGCUACCGCAGGAAAGAGAGCGCCUACCCCAGCCGGCGAGGCGCAGGCCGCAGGCCGCAGGGCUUUGCGCAAGCGAGUAUAA